GCCAUUAAGAACACACAUCCCAGCUUAAAGCCUGAUAGCAACAGAAAGCUCUGCCUGUUUUCACAACGAUAUUAAAUACCACGGCUUCCGUCAAUCAUGCUCGCCAAAGCCGUCGUCCUCACCACAUUCGCAUGCAAUGCAUGGGCAUCACCCUACGUCGUCACCAACCCAAAAGACCUGAAGAACGACUGGCACAGCAAUGACUACACCGGAACUCGCGGCAAGGACCAGAUGAUCCAUUGGAAAUUCACCAUCGAAGGACACAACGCCGUCCCCGACCCUGGCGACUUUUCAACCGUUUGCAAGGGCGUGCAGAACGGCGAACUGUGCGGCGAACCCUGCACCAAGCCCGGGGCCUUUGUGCCAUGCAAGAGCGAAACGUACGAGGCCCGCCAGUGGUUCAAUGAGUAUGGCACUACCGUUGAAGUGCGCCGUACUACGUUCCCUGAUGCUGGGAAGAAGGUCAUCACCAGUGCUAUGGCCAAUAUCACUGAACAGGACGUGGUUGGCACAGUGCAUUACAAGCUGAAGUUUGGGGAUUUCCAGAAACAAUUCAUUUCUACAUUUAAUCCUCCAACGGCUUAGAUUUAGGUUUCUUCUAGAUUAGUAUAUUUUAAAUAUAAUUAACCUGUUAUUCGAGA